CUCGAUUUGAGAAUCCGCCAAAAUGGUCAAGACCUCCGUCCUCAACGAUGCGCUUAACGCCAUGAACAACGCCGAGAAGGCUGGCAAGCGCCAGGUCCUCAUCCGUCCUUCCUCCAAGGUCAUCGUCAAGUUCCUUACUGUCAUGCAGAAGCACGGCUACAUUGGCGAGUUCGAGGAGGUCGAUGACCACCGCUCCGGCAAGAUCGUCAUUCAGCUGAACGGCCGUCUUAACAAGUGUGGUGUCAUCAACCCCCGCUACCCCGUCCAGCUCCGUGACCUCGAGAAGUGGGCUACUCAGCUCCUUCCUUCUCGUCAGUUCGGUUACGUUGUCCUGACCACCUCCGCUGGUAUCAUGGACCACGAGGAGGCUCGCCGCAAGCACGUUGCUGGCAAGCUCCUCGGUUUCUUCUACUAGAUGGAGUC